AUGCCUUCAAGACUGGAGUUUCUCUUCUUUCUCUCUGCAGGGGUUUUCAUCGCCCUCUUCCCUGCCCUUCCUCACGCAGCGUCGAGCACCUUCAACAUCUAUGCUUACGGUGGUUCUGCCAUGGGAGGCUUGCCUCUUCUCUACUACGAGGGAUACGCCUAUGUGAACAAUGCGACAUCUGCCAACUCGUCUUUCACGAGCAUCUACUUCACUGAAAGCCCAGAUUCCCCCACCACAUGGAUCGCCCACCCCAACACGACUGCCUCGUCCAAUGCGAAUGCGAAUUUCACAAACCAAGCACUGGCCAUCCCCCGCGCGGGAUCCUCCACCAAACAAAUAGGCUUCGUGUCCGGAAAUUCGUCAGCAGCAAACAACGAGACCGUUCCCGAGUUCCAUCUCUACGGCGAGACCGUAUUCGUGGUGAACAGCACGUCUGGCGAGUGGGAGACGCGCUUCUAUGCGGGGGAGACGGAUAGCGAGGGGGUGUGGAUGUUGUUGUGGGGUGCUGAUGAGGAGGAGGAAGAGGGCGUGUUCCCGGUGUCGUUGAGGACGAUGCCGCCGUCGAACUACACCGUGAGCCUCAUCCAGAAAUCCUCCCGUCAGACUACGUCCUACUACCCCUCCUCCCCUGGUAAGGCUAAUGUACUGUGCAUAGAAAAGAUUGAAUCUAAAGUUAUUGUACCUACCUACCAAGGUGACAAUGACCAAUUCUUCUGUAAAAUAGUGUGA